UUGCCUAUUUCAUUCAAUCACGUGUGUAUAUUUCUCGUUUAUUGACCCAUAGUGUAAAGGUCGGUUUCCAUCAGCUCGUCCAUGCAUAUCCAAUAAGAAAGGAUUUUGUGGAUCAACAGAGAAGCAAGAUGCGAAACACAUAUGGAACCUUUGGAAGGAUGUCGAAAUCGGGAAGUAUCAAGGAUGGCGAGAAAGGGCCGUACGACCCGGUUCCAAGUACCGACAAAGGCAACGAUGAGAUCAAACUCGAGGCAAAAAUGUCCUUGUUGAAUGGAAUCACCGUGAUCGUCGGCUCCAUUAUUGGUUCUGGCAUAUUCGUUAGCCCAACCGGUGUUCUCAAGUACACAGGAAGCGUUAACGCGAGUCUUUUGGUGUGGACAGCUUCCGGUAUUUUCUCCACGGUAGGGGCUUACUGUUACGCGGAACUUGGAUGCAUGAUCAGGAAGUCAGGCGCCGAUUACGCAUAUAUUAUGGAAACUUUCGGACCUUUCCUCGCGUUCAUCAGGCUCUGGGUUGAGUGUAUGAUAGUGCGGCCUUGCAGUCAGGCCAUCGUGGCCUUGACUUUCAGCGUUUAUGUGCUGAAGCCGGUGUUUCCAGAUUGUGCUCCACCAGAUGAUGCUACGAGAAUACUUGCAGCCUGUUGCAUCUGUAUUCUGGCGUUUAUUAAUUGUUGGGACGUAAAAUGGGCGACGAGAGUGCAGGAUAUCUUUACAUAUGCAAAAUUACUCGCGCUUUUUAUCAUCAUCUUCACUGGAGCUUAUCAAUUAUUCACCGGGCAUACAGAAUAUUUUACGUUCGACAACACGAAGACAGAAGUGACAUCGAUAGCACUUAGCUUUUAUUCGGGAUUGUUCGCUUAUAACGGCUGGAACUACUUGAAUUUCAUCAUCGAGGAAUUGAAGGAUCCUGUAAAGAAUUUACCAAAGGCCAUUGCAAUCUCGUGUGUCCUUGUUACCACGGUCUAUGUUUUUGCAAACAUGGCAUUUUAUACGACACUGAGUCCGAUGGAAGUUCUUGGCAGUGAAGCUGUCGCUGUUACCUUUGCGAAUCGUUUAUUCGGAAUGUUUGCUUGGACGAUACCAGUGUUUGUCGCUCUUUCCACGUUUGGUGCCGUAAAUGGAAUUCUUCUUACUUCCUCCAGACUUUUUUAUGCUGGCGCUUGCGAGGGUCAAAUGCCUGAAAUAUUGACAAUGAUUCAAAUUUCGAGGCUCACACCUACUCCUGCUGUUCUUUGCAUGACUUUGUUGUCAAUGCUAUAUCUUUGCUCUUCAGACAUUUUUGCCCUCAUCAAUUAUGUUGGCUUUGCUACUUGGUUAAGUAUAGGUGUCUCUGUUUUGUGCCUACCAUGGUUGAGAUGGUCUCAGCCGAAUUUGUCUAGACCUAUCAAAGUGAAUCUCUUCUUCCCCAUAAUCUACAUCCUCGCAACCCUUUUUGUAACUAUUGUACCCAUGUACGCCAGUCCUGUGGAAACAGGAUAUGGUUGCUUAAUGAUCUUAUCAUCCAUACCUGUAUAUUUUAUAUUUAUCGCGUGGAAAAAUAAACCGAAAUUCUUCCAGAAAGGAGUCGGCGCCGUUACCAAAACAUUGCAGAAGAUGAUGGUAGUCGUCGGACCAAAGACUAAGUAAGCACCACAAAGUUCCUGCAGAAAAUAAUACUGGUUGUUGGCAAGUCGAAACCCGCUCAGGUUUAACCGCAUCUAGAACGGAUCCUCAAUCUUUACAACGAUGACUUCUUAUUCCAAGAGAACCAAACAUUGCUCAGAGAGCAGUGUUCUUUCUUUCAAAAAUAUUUUUUCAUAUUUAUCUGGAGAAAAAAUUUGAGAAAUUUAUGUAGAAUUUGAAAUAAGACUUCCAAAUUCAUACAUAAUUGACUCCAAAAAUAUAUGAUUACAUUAAAUAUUUAUUUUUUAUUAAUAUUUUAUAAAAAAUAUUUUUUUUAUAAAAAAGAAAACUUGAUAUCAAUUUUUCAUAUAUUUAUUAUUUUAUUCUAGGAUGAUACUUUGAUUGUUUUAAAGUGAAAUUGUUUCAAAAAUAUAGUGAAAAAUCAUAUUUUAAAAAUUAUGUAUUAUAGAAUUUAGAAUCUAAUAUAAGUUCUACAAAAAUUCUCAAAUUUGUGACAAAUUUAAUAAAAAAGAUAUAAAUUUCAGAAUGAAUACAUUCCAACAUUACUAAUUAUAUAAAUUAUAUUUCAAAAUUUGAUAUCAAUUUAAGUAAUAUUUGUUUCUCUGAGCAUAAAAAGGUAUCCUGACUAGAGGCAGCCAUAUCAAAUCAGGACGCCUGUUAAUAAAUAAUCUCAAAGACUGGUUCUCUCGUCUGGUUGUCAUCUUUGUUAAACUGGUAUGAAAAUUUCCGCGGUAAUUUAUCAUUGACGCGUUUCCAAAGAAGGUAUAACAUCAUAAAUAACUAAUGACCACAAUAUUGUAUUUUAACAUAAAAAAGCACUGGCAAAUAAUUGUCAGAAGGAAAUAUGAUUUACUCCUUCAUUGAAAACGUGGAUACGAUUUGAAAGAGACAUUUUAUUGUUAUUAUAUACCAUUUCAUUGCACAUUGUAUCAUCUUCAUUUUUUGUAAUUCCAGCCUUCGUUUCUUACAUUACUGAAUAGUAGUUUUAAUUCACCUUUGACUGUAAUUAUUUAUUUUUCUUCUUUUCACUUCCUAUAAAUAUUUAAAGACAUUAAUUCUUUGUAGUCCAAAUAAUAGAUAUCAAUUUGUUUCAAAUUAUUUUUAUUAUAUGUACGUUAUCUAUUUUAUAUAUAUUACAAUUAUAUAAGAUAUUAAAAUUAGAAAAAGAAUAAAAGAUAAAAACAAAAUACGAAAGACAAUUCUAUGUUGGACUACAGAGAAUUAAUUAUAUAGUUUUAUAUUCAGUCAUUCAAUUAUAUUUUUUAAUUAAAAAAAAAAAAAAAAUAGUGAAACGAAGGAUGGGAAUAUUUUAACGCGCUGGCACUCGAUCGCAUAAUAUAAUAAUCAUGUUUUACUGCCACUAUUGUUGGCGCGUACAUUGUAAGUACAUUAUAAACACAUCAUAGAUUUAUGAAGCUCUAAUUUUACGAGCAAAAUUUCCAUAAGAAAACCAGACAACCACUCGAGUUACUCUGACUAUUUGAAUUCCUUUUAAUUUACUUUUAUUAGAUCACGUGUUUAAUCGAAAAUCUAGUUUUGCAUCUGUUUAAAGAACAGAGCAAACUUACGAGCAUACGAAUUUUAGGAUUUUUAUACUUUUUUAAGCGUAAGUUGAAAUCCUUAAAAAAGUUUUUUUUAGUUAAUCACCUAGAAUUCAUAUGUUUUUAAUCAUUCCUUCUAUUUCCUUUUUUUUUUUUAUAAUGAAUGCAUGCAGUAUGAAUGUACAAGAGAUACUUUGUAAAGAAUUGUGAAAGAUUGUAUUGUGAAAGAUAUAAUGUGAGUUUUAAUCUUCAACUGGUAGGAUAGGCUCAAAAUAAUGUUUUUAAAAUCUUAUGUGUAGAUAUAUAUAAUUAUAUUAUGCAUAUAUUGUAUUACGUUAGAUAAUAUUAGAAAUAUGUACAAAAUGUGAAUUUAUUCCAUAAAUGAAAGUUUAUUUUUUGUACUUGAUGGAAGAAAUAUAGUAAAUAAGGAUGUUACCAAAUCUACGAUAUGAAAUAUAAUAUAAUUUAUAAAAUAUACAUAUAAUCAAUUUGCUUUAUUAAAUAUUAUAAUUCAAUAAUAAUUCCACUGCAUUUCUUCCAUCUAUAUAAUAAUAAUUAUUUACUAUUUUGUAUUAUUUUAUCUUUAAUUUACCUCGAAACAUGAAACGUACUAUAAAAAAAUUGAUUUGUAAAAAAAAAAAAAAGAAGAAAUAAUGAAUUGAAUUAAUUAAAAUGAAAGAGACCUCAGCCAGUUGAGGAUUGACGAUUCUGCUUAUAUUUAACCGUUGAUACAACGAAAAAAUUGCAGAAUAUAGAUGUCGCAAAACUUUCUUUUAAUCUUUAUUAAACAUCAGACAAAAUAUUGAAAGAAGAAAUUAUCAGAUAGCUCGUAAGAUUGUCCUGUCCAAUUAACGAGUCUCAUUUAGUCAAACUACUUAAUGCUUUAUCACAUCUUCCAUCAUUCAUGAACGUCAUUGUUUAUGUAUUGUGAUUUUUAUGUAUCAUGUGCAUGUACACAUGAGCAUUUUUAUUUUUGUAAAUAUUAAUUCUUUGAAACGACGCACGGACAUUUCAAGUAAAAUUUAGGAAAAUUUCUUUCUUCUUUAAAUUUAGGAAAUUUAAAAAUGCGACGAUUAUAUAACUUAUUUUAGUAUUUUAACAUAUCCAAAAAAAAAAAAAUUUUAGAUACAAAUUGUUUCUUAUACACAUAUUGCUUUUUGCUGGUCUAAAAAAAGUUAUCAUGUCGUUGCAUUUUUUUUUGAUAUUCAACAGUUUUUAAUUUUUUUUAAAAGAAAUGAAGAAAGAAUAUAUGACCAGUGAUUUUAUUUAUCUUCUGAAAAUACUUACAAAUUUUGAUAGUUUUUACAAUUUUGAAGUUUUUUUAAUGAACGAAAAUCCAUUGAAAUUUUUAAUCAAGAUGAUUAUUUGAAAAAAAAAGGAACAAUGCGAGAAAUGAUAAAAAUUACUUUUAUCAAAGUCGAGAGAAAUGAUAAAAUUUCAACAUAUCUGUAAUAAAAUUAUUCUAGGACCAAGUUUUUUCUAAAAAAUGUUCUCUUGGAACCAAAACUCGCCUGAAAGAAAUGAAAGAAACGUCUUGCUGCGUCCACGCAUAAGAUUUUAAAGUAACUUAAUUUUAUCAAAACUCGACGAUUCGGUUAUUUCAAAUCCUUUUUUCAAAAAAUAUAUCUGGUGAUCAAAAUGUCUAAUGUUCAAUAUAAUUUUUGAAUAAAUUUAUUUUUUAUUUGAAUAAUCAAACGAAUAGAAAAUAUUCUCAUAUAUAAAAAAUUAAAUUGAAAAAAGUAUGACUGAUCUGAACAAUAAUUUUUUUUUUCGAUAUUUUUUAAUUUUUAUAUAAAUAUUUCCAUUGAAAAAUGUUAGUUGCAUAGAAAAACGAAUCGUUGAUGUAUUCGAUCACAAUUAAAUUUAGUUUCCCGUGAUUUAUCUAUGUUUUUUUUUUUUUUUUUUUUUACUUACGGGAUACAUUUCGACGAUCAUAGCAAAUCUGCAUGAAAACUCAUCAGGGUGUCUAUCGACGCGUGGCCUAGUCAAUCCUCGACAUUUCAGUAUUUCUGAUGUUAGAUCUAAAUCUCGGAUCUAGAUCAGAGUAUUUAAUAAACCAAGAAUAGUUGUAAAAAAGCUAGGUGAAUCUCUUUCGAAAAAAGAAAAACAUUAAAGAAAAAAAUUUGAAUAAAACAGGAAAAAUCGAAACUUUCAACAAAUUUUAAUCACAAAUUUUUGCAAUUAAUUAUACUCAACUAUAUCACUCAAUUUGAGAUAAUUUUUUCUUUGAAAGAUUCAAUUCUGAAUCGAUUAAUUAAUUUAAUCCGUUUGAUUAUAACGAUUAUAGGUUAUAUUUUAAAAAAAUUUUGAAAGAAGAAGAAAGGGAGAACCAGUGCUAUGACUGACACUAGCGAUAGCAAUUUUUUAAAUAAGUUAUAGUUAGAAAAGGAAUUGUAUUUUUUUACAAGCGUCGAUGGCCACUCGGACACACGUGACAAUAAGCAUUUAUUAAUUAAUUAGUCAGCAGUAAGUAAGAUAAAAAAAUAACGAAAAAAAAAAAAAGACAAAGAAAACGAAGAGUGAAAACAUUCGCCAGAAUUCGAUAUUUGUAUUAUUUUUAUGUUGAAAAAUACCAGCGUGUAUUUGAAAUAGCUUGCGAAGAAGAGAAAACAUGUUUAAACAAUUUAUUCUCUCGUGAUUGCGUUGUUUUCAUUUGAAUUUCCAAAAUCUUCGAUAUUGAAAAUCGAGAUUAAAUAUUUAAAUAAAAAAGAGAGGUUGUAUUAUUUUUAUAUUGUACAUAUAAUAAUAAUAUAACAACGUAGAGGCGAAGUAGAAUGUAUUGUGAAAAGAGAAUGGAUGUUGAGGGUCAUAAGUGAAAUUGAUUCUUAAAAAUAAAAAAAUCUUCUAUAAAAAAAAAAAAAAAGAAUUAUGAUUAAAUGAUUAUUGAUAAAAAUGAAAGUAAACGGAAGAUUGCUUGGGGAAAGAGAGUGAUAUUAAAAAAUGAAAACAUUGCAAUCACAUUUGCGAAUAUAUAAAAUAUAUGAAUUCUUGUUGAAAUGAUUAAAAAAAAAAAAAAAAGUGUAAAAAUCUGGCAAUAGCUUAGGAUCUAGACGAGAAAAUGGAAAUUGGAGAUCUUAUGAGACAAGCAAAUUGUGACAAUAUAUUAUAUUGUAUAAUA